AUGUCGGCAGCAGACGUGGCUCCUCAAUUUGGAGCGGAGCUGAAGGAUUCAUUCAAACCGGUCAACACUUGGGUAUCGAACGGGAUAUCAUGGCUAGAAGAGAUACAGCAAUUCUACCGGGAGCGCAGUGUCAUUGAAAAGGAAUACGCAACCAAGUUGGCCACCCUGUGCAAGAAAUAUUCCGAUCGCAAAUCGAAGAAAAUCAGCCCGCUCAGUGUCGGCGACACUCCUACCUUAACCCCCGGUUCCCUCGAAAGCGCGUCGUUGACCACAUGGUCUACACAAUUGACUGCCGUUGAAUCGCAUGCCGCCGAGCGAGACAAGUUUGCCACGGAUUUGGUUACGCAAGUGGCGGAGCCCCUCAAACUAGCUGCCACCCAAUACGACGAGAUUCGCAAAUCCCAUGUCGAAUUCCACGGGAAACUGGAGAAAGAACGCGAUGCGUCGUACGGCGAGCUCAAGAAGGCUAAGGGGAAAUAUGAUGGGUCCUGUCAGGAGGUCGAGUCGCGACGGAAGAAGAUGGAGUCAUCAUUCGACCACGGCAAGGCCAAGGCUCAAUCCGCUUAUCAACAGCAGAUCUUGGAAAUGAACAACUACAAGAAUCUGUAUCUCAUCAGUAUCAACGUUACCAACAAGCUAAAGGAAAGGUUUUACCACCAAUAUGUUCCAGAGAUGAUUGAUGGCUUGCAAAAUCUCAAUGAAACGCGAGUAACUAGAUUAAACGCACUGUGGACACUUGCGGCGCAACUGGAAAAAUCGUCGCUCUCCAAUAGCACAAACCACAUGACGAAUUUGCUGCAUGAAAUCCCACGCAACGAACCGCGACUAGAUUCGCUCAUGUUCCUUCAACAUAACGUGACACAAUCACAAGAACCUGCCGACAUGGGCUUUGAGCCAAGUCCAGUUUGGCAUGACGAUGCCUUAAUUGUCACCGAUGAGGCUGCUAAGGUCUUUCUGCGCAAUGUUUUGGGUAAAAGCAAGACUCAAGUCCGCGAAUUACGAGUAGAGGCGGAUCGAAAGAGACGCGAGGUUGACACCAUGACGAAGGCGCGCCAAAACAUUCAGCAGGGCAAGGAUGACCGCAGCGAGGUGGAUAUCGUCCGAUCGAUAUUCUACUUGCAAGAGGCCCUCCAUGACGUGGACCGCAAAUGGCUCACGGCCGAGGUAGAAACAUCUACCAUCAUAUCAGUGACCGGAGACCUGUCAUUGGGGGCCAAGAACCACAAUUUCCGAUCUCAGACGUUUAAGAUCCCGACAAACUGUGACUUGUGUGGAGAGCGCAUUUGGGGAUUGUCCGCCAAAGGAUUCGAUUGUCGGGACUGUGGGUAUACAUGUCACAGCAAAUGUCAAAUGAAGGUCCCCGCCGAGUGUCCAGGCGAACAGUCUAAGGAAGAUAAAAAGAAGCUCAAGGCCCAGCGACAAGAUCAGGCUGGGGCGAUGCCUCUCGCUGAUCUUGAUUCAACCUCGACCUCGGCGGCGGCGCCAUCACUCACGCGUCAAAACACCAUGAAUUCGCUGAGCUCUGGGUAUGCUGCUAGCACCACUCGGUCGGUCUCCAACGUCGCCGCGCAACCCACCCCAGAAAGCCCGGCAGAGGCACCUCCGGCCCCUGUUGCGGAAACCAAGCCAAAUGCGCCGAAGCGAGGCAGAGUCCUGGCACCGCCCCCGUCAGCCUAUGUCAGUACACCGUCGGUGAAUGAGCCCAGUCCCGCUUCGAAGUCCGGAGAACCAAGAGGGAAAAUGCUUUAUGCCUACCAGGCCACUGGUGCGGACGAGGUCACAGUCCAAGAGGGAGAUGAUGUGGCAAUCCUUGAGCCCGAUGACGGUGGAUGGAUGCGCGUCCGCGCCGGCGCCAGCAAGGGUCUUGUCCCAACAUCGUACGUUGAAGCUGCCCCGGCGCCAUCGGCUAGUCCAGCCCUCACCGAUCGACCUGGGUCCAUAUACUCCAAUUCUUCUGCGUCUCUGGCAGGCGGUGCUGCACCCAAGCGUGUUGGGCCCGCGGUGGCCCCGCGACGGGGUGCCAAGAAGGUUCAAUAUGUCGAGGCGUUGUACGACUACGAAGCCCGUAGCGACAUGGAAUGGUCCAUGGCAGAAGGCGAACGGUUCGUUCUGAUUACUCGCGACGGUGGGGACGGCUGGGCCGACGUCGAAAGAGGUGGAGUCACCAAGAGCGUUCCCGCCAACUACAUCCAGGAGGUGUAG